AUGAAGAUUCUAUAUUUUUUAUCUGAUUCACUUAAAGAUUUAUUACCUAAAUUCUUUUUUAAGCUCUCUCAAUCUUUAUACCUUAGUCAAAUGCCCCAAGCUGAUUACAAUUGUCAUACCAUAAUAUUUAAUAGGAAUAUUUUGAUUUCUGGGUAUUAUAAUCAGCACAUUCUUAUGAAUUCAGCUGAACUUGAUUCUUUUUCAAUAAUCCCAUAUGUGUUUUCAUUUUGUAAAACAAAGAUCAUUAUAAAUGCAGAGAGAUUGUACUUGCUUGCGUGCGGAAUAGAAGGGAAAAUCUAA